AUGGAUAUUAAAUCAGGUGAUACUCAUAAUACAAGUAAAGUAAUUGAAGGUGAGUUUCUUGAUUUGCUGGCACAAGUAGAAAGUAAACAACAGUGGGCAAUUGGACCAAUUCUGCCUACUAAAUUCGAUAAUAUCUCGAAUAGCAACAAUACAUGUUUGGAAUGGCUGAACAAACAACCUCCGAGAUCAGUUCUUUAUAUAUCAUUUGGAACAUCAACUACAUUUUCCGAUAGAGAAUUCAUGGAGCUCGCGAUGGGACUUGAACAAAGCAAACAGAAGUUCAUAUGGGUGUUGAGAGAAGCCGAUAGAGGAGAUGCCUUUACCGGGGAAGCUAGAAGAUUUGAGCUUCCAGAGGGGUUUGAGGAAAGGGUAAAAGAAAUAGGCCUAGUGGUAAGAGAAUGGGCACCACAACCCGAAAUCUUGGCUCAUUCUUCCACAGGCGGGUUCAUGAGUCAUUGUGGAUGGAAUUCUUGCAUAGAGAGUAUUACCAUGGGUGUACCUAUAGCUGCUUGA